CCGGCAACAACAAAAGGUGCGGGCGGCGGCGGCGCGCCAGAGCGAGGCCGAGGAGUCCUGCGCUCGCCGCCAGAGACCGGGGCUUUCCCGAGCCGAAGUCCAGAUCUUAUGUAAAAUGGAUAUUUCUCACACUACAUACUGAACAUUAAGUAGAAAAUCUAUUUAGUAAAAUUUAAGCUGUCAUGGAAGAAAUACCAGUAAAAGUUGCUGUAAGAAUUAGACCUCUGCUUUGCAAAGAAGUUCUUCAUAAUCAUCAAGUUUGUGUGAGAGUUGUUCCAAACACCCAGCAAAUUAUCAUCGGGAGAGAUAAAAUCUUUACUUUUGAUUUUGUUUUUGGCAAAAAUUCCACUCAAGAUGAAGUUUAUAAUACGUGUAUAAAGCCGCUAGUGUUGUCACUCAUUGAGGGCUAUAAUGCAACUGUUUUUGCCUAUGGACAAACUGGAUCUGGGAAGACGUACACCAUUGGAGGAGGCCAUGUUGCUUCAGUUGUGGAAGGUCAAAAGGGUAUCAUUCCAAGAGCUAUCCAAGAAAUAUUUCAAAGCAUCUCUGAACAUCCUAGCAUUGACUUUAAUAUAAAAGUAUCUUACAUAGAAGUAUACAAGGAAGAACUAAGAGAUCUUUUAGAAUUGGAGACAUCUAUGAAGGAUCUUCACAUCCGAGAAGAUGAAAAAGGAAACACAGUGAUUGUUGGGGUCAAGGAAUGUCAUGUAGAGGGUGCAGAUGAAGUGAUGAGUCUUCUGGAGAUGGGGAAUGCAGCCAGACAUACAGGUACCACCCAAAUGAAUGAGCACUCCAGCAGAUCACAUGCAAUUUUUACAAUCAGCAUUUGUCAAGUUGAGAAAAAUACAAAGGCAGCUGAAGAUGGAUCUUGGUAUUCCCAUCGGCAUAUUGUCUCAAAGUUCCACUUUGUGGAUUUGGCUGGAUCAGAAAGAGUAACCAAAACGGGGAAUACUGGUGAACGAUUCAAAGAAUCCAUUCAAAUCAACAGUGGGUUGCUGGCUUUAGGCAACGUAAUUAGUGCUCUUGGGGACCCACGCAGGAAAAGUUCACAUAUUCCAUACAGGGAUGCUAAAAUUACCCGGCUUCUGAAAGAUUCCCUGGGAGGCAGUGCUAAGACUGUCAUGAUCACAUGUGUCAGCCCAUCCUCCUCAGAUUUUGAUGAGUCCUUAAAUUCUCUCAAAUACGCCAACAGAGCACGGAACAUUAGAAACAAACCGACUGUAAACUUCAGCCCUGAGUCAGACCGUAUGGAUGAAAUGGAAUUUGAGAUUAAGUUGCUUCGAGAAGCUUUGCAAAGCCAGCGGACUAGUGUCAGCCAAACUAGCCAGAUCCAUCGAGAGGGGACUCCUGAUAAAAAUAAAAUCCAUUCUCUUGAGGAGCAAGUAGCUCAGCUACAGGGAGAAUGUCUCAGUUACCAAAGUUGUAUAGAAGAAGCCUUUACCUUCUUGGUGGACUUAAAAGAUGCUGUCAGACUAACCCAAAAGCAGCAACACAAGCUGCAGGAGUGGUUUAACAUGACCCGGGAGAUCAGGAAGGAUGUCUUCACCUCAGUCCGAGAAAACCGAGCCAUUGGAAACCUGGAAGAAGGACCACAGCAUCUUACAGUUCUCCAGCUGAAAAGAGAGCUUAAAAAAUGCCAGUGUGCUCUCACUGCUGAUGAAGUAGUAUUCAAUCAGAAGGAACUGGAAGUAAAGGAACUGAAGAAUCAAGUGCAAAUGGUGGUACAGGAAAACAAAGGACAUGUAGUAUCUUUGAAGGAAGCCCAAAAAGUGAAUAGAUUGCAGAAUGAAAAAAUAAUAGAACAACAGCUUCUUGUGGAUCAACUGAGUGAAGAACUAACAAAACUUAACCUGUCAAUGACUUCUUCAGCUAAGGAAAAUUGUGGAGAUGGACCAGAUGCCAGGAUCCCUGAAAAGAGACCAUAUACUGUACCAUUUGAUACUCGUUUGGGGCAUUAUAUUUAUAUCCCAUCAAGACAAGACUCCAAGAAGAUCUACACAAGUCCUCCAGUGUAUUCUCUGGAUCGAGUAUUUGCUGGAUUUCGAACACGAAGUCAAAUGCUGUUGGGUCACAUAGAAGAACAAGAUAAAGUCCUCCACUGCCAAUUUUCUGAUAACAGUGAUGAUGAAGAAUCCGAAGACCAAGAGAAAUCUGCAAUUAGAUGUAGAAGGCGCUCAUGGACUCAGAAGCCAGGCUCUGUUUGUUCUCUUGUUGAACUGAAUGAUACUCAGGAUGAAACACAAAAGUCAAGUUUAGGGAAUGAAGACUUAAAGAUUGAAUGUCUCCAGGAGAGUCAAGAGUUGAAUCUGCAAAAAUUAAGGAACUCAGAACGCAUACUUACUGAAGCUAAACAAAAAAUGAGAGAACUUACAAUUAACAUCAAGAUGAAGGAAGAUCUGAUUAAAGAAUUAAUAAAAACAGGUAACAAUGCCAAGUCUGUAAGCAAACAGUAUUCUCUGAAAGUAACAAAACUAGAGCACGAUGCAGAACAGGCGAGAGUGGAACUAAUUGAAACACAAAAGCAGCUACAGGAGCUGGAAAACAAAGAUCUUUCUGAUGUUGCUUUGAACAUAAAAUUACAGAAAGAGUUCCGUAAAAAGAUGGAUGCUGCAAAGUUGAGAAUCCAGGUCUUACAGAAGAAGAAACAAGAUAGUAAGAAAUUGGCAUCACUGUCGAUCCAAAAUGAGAAACGUGCUAAUGAACUAGAGCAGAAUGUAGAUCACAUGAAAUAUCAAAAGGUACAGCUGCAAAAACGAUUUCGAGAAGAAAAUGAAAGAAAGAAGCAACUGGAUGCAGAAAUUAAGCGGGAUCAACAAAAAAUCAAAGAACUACAGUUAAAAUCAGAACAGGAAGAAGGUCUAAAACUGAAAGCUGAAGACCUUGAUGCAUUUAACUGGAAAAGGAGAAAAGAUAUGUUGGGAACUAUAGACCCACUCCAGAAAUUGGACGAGCAAAAGAAAUGGUUAGACGAAGAAGUAGAGAAAGUUCUGAACCAACGCCAAGAAUUAGAGGAGCUGGAAGAAGACUUAAAGAAACGGGAGGCCAUAGUUUCUAAGAAGGAGGCCCUGUUACAAGAAAAGAGCCACCUGGAAAAUAAGAAGUUGAGAUCUAGUCAGGCCUUAAGCACAGAUAGUUUGAAAAUAUCAACUCGCCUGAACUUGUUGGACCAAGAGCUGUUUGAAAAGAGUGUGCAGCUCCAGGGCAGCACAGCUGAGGAGCAAACAAAGAUUUCAGAACAAGUUGAAGCCCUCCAGAAAGAAAAGGAUCAGCUCCAGAGACAAAGAAACAGUGUGGAUGAAAAACUUAAAAAUGGUAGAGUGUUAUCACCUGAAGAAGAACAUGUUCUUUUCCAACUUGAAGAGGGGAUUGAAGCUUUGGAAGCUGCAAUUGAAUACAAGAAUGAAAGUAUCCAGAGUCGCCAGGACUCACUUAGAACAUCAUUCCAAAACCUCUCUCGUAGUGAAGCCAAUGUCUUGGAAAAACUAACUUGCCUGAGUGCUGUUGAGAUUAGAGCUAUUCUUUUCAGAUACUUCAAUAAGGUGGUUAACUUGCGAGAAGCUGAACGGAAACAACAGUUACGAAAUGAAGAAAUGAAAAUGAAGGUUCUGGAACGGGAUAAUAUGGUUCAUGAGUUGGAAUCUGCACUGGAACAUCUGAAAUUGCAGUGUGACCGUAGACUGACCCUCCAGCAAAAGGAACAUGAGCAAAAGAUGCAGUUGCUGUUACAUCAUUUCAAAGAGCAAGAUGGAGAAGGCAUUAUGGAAACUUUAAAAACAUAUGAAGAUAAAAUCCAGCAGUUGGAAAAGGAUCUUUAUUUCUAUAAGAAAACUAGCAGACAUCUUAAGAAGAAACUCAAGGAACUUGUAGGGGAAGCAGUUCGUCGGCAACUAACACCAUCAGAACAUGAUGAUGCUAAAGAUGGAGUCCUAAACCCAGAAGAAGCAGGCAUGCUUUCAGAAGACUUAAAAUGGGCAUCCAGAACUGAAAGUAUGAAAUUAAGUAGAAGAGAAAUAGAAAUAGACAGUUCAGCAAGCAGUUUAAGAACACAACCAAAUCCUCAGAAGCUUGGGGAAGAGCUCCCAGAAUUACCUACAAUUUAUAGCUCUUUAGCACCCCCCAGUGGGCAUUUGUUAAGCAAUGAGGAUAAAACAGAAACGGAUGAAAAUCAGUUUACAAAGUCUCACUGUCGACCAUCAUCCCAAAUUCAACCUGUGGGAAAUGUGGGACAACUUCAUGGUGUUAUGCCUAUAAAAUUGUGUCGCAAAGAAUUACGUCAAAUUUCUGCCUUGGAACUAUCAUUACGACGCUCUAGUCUUGGAGUUGGGAUUGGAUCAAUGUCUGCUGAUUCCAUUGAAGUAUCUGGGAAACCAAGUGACUUAAAAACUUAGGCAUUUAAUAAUAGAAAUUUUAAUUUAGUAGAUAUGUAAAAAGAUUCCUUUUUCUAACUUGUUAAAAAUUAAAGCUCAAGCUGACUGUCUCUUCCUCAAGAUAAAGGAAGAAGGGGAAGAAGGAAUCCUUAAUCCUUUUAUACACUAUAGAUGUGUAUAUCUUCUAUAGUAUAUUUGGGGAGUUUUAAUUUAUAUUUCCAUAAUAAAAUACAUGUUUUCUAAUAUUUGAUAACAUUUAAAUAUUUUUACUUAUAAAUAUGCUUAGAAUUUUUUCUAGGCAUAAUUGAAGAACAAAACUGAUAGACUAAAAUAUCUAUCAACUGUAUAUUAUUAUAUAAUAUAAAAGUAUAUUAUGUUAUAAAAGUAUGUUAUAAUACAAUAUAAGUAUAUUAUUGUUAUUCUCAAAUGCAACUAUAUUGCUAAUUUUAAAAGAUCUGGCUAAAUAUUGCUUAUGUCAGAGGGAGAGUCAUCUGCUGUAUAUAUUUUGGUACAGCUGAAAAUUUGGGCCAAAAUGUAGUCUGUGGGCUAAGACAACCUAUCAGAUUUAUGGACUGAGGUUAAUUGACAGUCCUCACAGCCCACAGAAGUUGAGUGAUCAGUCUUGACUUUUUAAACAUGGUCUCUGCUCUGUUUCUGAAAUUGUUUUUUACUUAUAAUGUCAUAUUGUUAGCUUGGUAGUACUACAGAAUAUAAGUUUUCAUCUCUUCUGCCCUGUGCACUCACUGUAUCUCUCAUGCUACUAAAAUUGGGAGAAUGGAUGCAAUUCCAUGAAACAGGGAAACAAUGAUAGAAUAACACUAAAGCAUUGUAACAUUUCAAGGAAAAGAACAUUGGUUGUGAUAUAUCUGGUCACAUGGAGUACGUCUGUAAAGUCUGAAGUCUGGCCAAAGGAUCUUUAGCUAAUAAUCUGAUGGGCUUAAGUCUGAGAUUUUUCUCUACAACCUGCUUAGUCAGGUUUUGCAAACAGGCAGGCCAAACUGCACUGGGUCUGUAAAUAUGUAAAUGAAUUUUGCUAAAAUUUCCCUUCAAGUUUUUUUGGUAGAAAUCUUACUAUAUAAUGUACAAUUUAGUUUGGAAUUAAGAACUAAAUAAUUUGCCCACUAAAUAAUAGUUUGUGCUUUUUCACAAUAUUUUUUAUCAUAGGAAACAUUCCAUUAUCAUAACCUGAGGUAUUAUUUUGUUUCUUAUAUUGUUAUUUUUGUUACUUUUCUAAACUUUCACUUGUAAACCAAAGUUAGGUUUCUUUAAUUAAUGAUUGGGUGGGGCAGUAGCAAAACCACACUCACUUAUGGAUGCCUACUCAGUUAAAGUCAUCUACUUUCUUGCUGAACUCAUUUUUUCCUAUCUGAUGCUGCCACAGACCUUCUUCUUUUGUCCUUUCCUCUGUUGCUGUUGACCUUGACCAUUUCACCUAAGACCCAGCUGUCACCCCAGGCUCAAAGACUUAAGGCUUCCUUUUUCUAGUUGCUAGCCCUUAGAGAAUAGAGUUCCUUUUCUCAUUGCCAAAAACCAGCUCCUAUAGGAAAAAAAAAAUCAAAAUAAAACAAACUUCUAAAUAGGUAAACAGGUUUUUUAAUCUCUUAAGCAUGGUACUAAAAUUCAUUUAAAUUAUGGGUUAAAUAGAUUUCUGUGGACUUAUCUGGGAAUGGAACGAUUUAUAAUAUUAGCCCAAGAGGGCACUGUUUUCUAAGUUUCAAACAACUAAUUUGUAAACUAACUUGGAAAUUUUAUUUUUACCAGGGACUAUUUGAAGUCAGAUUUGGUUUUCAGCUAGUCUUCCUUUUUUGCCAUUGGUUUAUAUGGCAUGCAUUUAUGCAUGUGUGUGCGUGCACGUGCAAAAGGCCAGUGCCUUCAAUAAAGCACAAUUAUAUAUGUAUUAAUAAAUAUAUAUUUAUUAAGGUCCUUACUCUAAAUUUCUUAUAAGAUUAAUACGCUAUGCCACAAUUAGAAAUAAUUCAUAUAAGAAUGUAUUCUGAUACUAGAAUCCUGCUUGCCCAAGAAAUUAACAGAUACUUGUUUUACCUAUGGAAAUAGAAACACAUUUCCUAAAAGCCAACUCACCAAAAAAGCAAGAAAAUUUAUAUCAGACCAACAAUGAUUAGGUUUGAUAAUACAAAUGUAAGUUGAUUUCUAAAUAACAAAGGUAUGAUUUUUUUCCUUUCUUUUAGUUAAACAUAGAGAUCCUUUAUAUGCUAUGAUAGAUUUCAUGCACAUAUAUAAACACACAUAAUGUCCUGAACACUAUAUUCUGGAAGUGAAUCUCUGAUUACUAUAGUUUAGUCAGUGUUCUCACAAAGGAAAGAAAAAGGAACCUCCCCAAGGCAAGUAAAAUUAUUUUUUACCAUAUACUAAUAAUAGAUUUUACUAUCUUUUUCACAUGCUUCCCUUAGUCUAAACAUUUUGUCAUUGUAUUUGCCUUUUUGCAUUUAUAGAAAAUGUUGUGGUUUUCUUUUUUUGUUCUUUAUGUUCCUUUUUUCUCUACCUGUAACACAGCAUUCAAAGGAAAAAUAUUUGCCUCCAUAAAGUACUAGUUACUUUCCUAAUUCCAGAGUAGUACAGAUAACAGAGAUGGAAAUUCUAUAGUUCCGGGAACCAUAGGUGUGAGAACAUUGAUGAAGGUGCUUUUGUGCUUUAAUGUUUGUUUUCUUUCCUUAAUGUAAUUUCUUGGUACUUGGGGUGCAAGGACUCAGCAAAAAUACAUAUGAUUUUCAGUAAUGUGAACUAUAUUGCCACUAGCAUUGCCUUGUUUAUAUUAGUGUAGGCCAAUAAAGUGAUGAAUGCUUAUUUGAAAAUAGGUGCCUUCUAUGGAAAAAAAUAAAGGUCUUAUACUAAGUUUUAGAAUGAAUUAUAAUGGAUCAGAUCCUUAGUGGGAGUUCAUUUCUUUGAUCAACACAGACUCUCAUACAUUAAAUGCAAGUAUGACAUGUUUUGAUCUUUCAGUUUUACCUUAGGUACGUACUUAUGAUUUUAAAAUAGAGGAGUAUCAGUGUCUGAAAGUUCAAGUAGAAAGUCACUCAUGUCCACGUUUCUCUCUCAACUUAUAAUUGGAAUUUUUAAAAAUAUUCAUUAUGUAUAUUUUACAUUUAAAGUUGUAACAGGUUGUAGGCUGCCUUCAUUAAUACUGAUAAUGUACU